AUGGUACAUCCCAAUGUUGCUCAGAGUGAUUUCGAUCGGCUCUCAACCUUUCUGUUGCAAUUAUCAGUCGCUCAGUUCCCACUGCAGAAGCAAUAUCAGAAGAAAAGCACUUUUGCCUUAUUGAAAUCAAAUCACCAUGAACUUCAACAGAUCUUCGUUUUCGUCGCCCUCAUCCUGGCCAUCAGUUUGGGCCAAUCGGCUGGCUGGCUGAAGAAAAUUGGCAAGAAAAUUGAACGGUUGGCCAGCACACUCGAGAUGCCACCAUCCAGGGUCUGGGAAUCGCUCAACAGGCCGCCAACGUCGCAGCAACUGCCCGAGGUUAACGACGAUGAUAACCACUAUUGAUAUUUAAAUAUAAAAACUAUUUAUUGUAUUGACCUAAGUAAAUAAAAAUCC